AUGGGAGGCGUUGAUUUAGCGGACAUGUUAGUAUCGUUAUAUAGAACUGGCAUUAAAUCACACCGGUUAAUUGUAGGACUUACUGGAUCAAAUAAUGAUAUAGUUCCAAGCAGAAAACAGUUAUCAAAACAAUUAGAUUUAAAAUAUGAACUAUACGUUUCAAUGUUAACCAAUUUAGUUGCAAAACAUGACUAUAUUUGUGCAACAGCCGAUAAAUGGAGUGCCAAUAAUCGAAGUUACAUGGGAAUGACUUGUCUCCUUCAAAUGUUAAAUAAUUAUCCUGUAGUUAAAAAAAUAUUUUUGAAGUACAACACAACCCUUCCAUCAUCAGCACCUGUAGAAAGAUUAUUUAGUGGUACUAUUCAAGUUUUGACAUCAAGGAGAAAUCGUCUUG